AUGUCACCAACUAUCGGUGGCCCGUGGCGGAAACUUUGGUACCGUUGGAAGUCCUUGAGGCUCCCAUGGCGAAAAAGAUUUUUGGUUGGUCUUGACCUCCACGGAAAUACGUUCUGGGAGUUUCGUAAUACCCUAUUCGCGGACCAGGACCGCCUACGCCGCAUCGUCAACUUCUCCCGCGCAACCCACUACAGCGAAGUCCAGAUCUCGCCACCGUGGCAUCAAUGGCUUCGCCACACACGUGUUGACCCGCCGUCUCUAGCUGAGCAAUCACAGGAUAUACAGCGGCAGGAGCAAAUGAAAGUACUGGCAGCUGCAGUCGAUGCGAAAUGGGCCGGUCUUGCAAAGUUACAGGGACCGUCCUCGGCAGAAUCUCGGGCUACUCUCCCGGGCCUUAGUGACGGACCUAACGGCCAUACAGUCUCUGAAAUCCAGAAGUCUUCGGAGUUGAUCAAGGACCACACGGACCAAGGAAUGUCAACUCCCAAAAGCCAAAGCUCGGACGUGAUCAAGAAAACGCGCCAAGAAUACCCACGGAAACCGGCUCAUGCUGGGCUAAACGAAGGCUGGCAGCCUAAAACAUGGAGUGCAAACGCCGAAACUGAUGAGUUGAUGCGGUUGGACAAAAGAUAA